GUAUGCGGUAAAGCUUAGUCUUGGCUCAGGGAGGAGGACGUCCCUGGCAUGCAGAGUCCCGCCGGUGCCUUGAUGGAAGGAGAGAUGAAGAGAGCGAGGCCACAGGCUCACAGAUGGUGCAGGGGCGAGUACCUGUAAAGCUCAAAGGGCCACAAGAUACACACUUUCUCGCAUGCCUGGCCCCAGUGAAAAUCAUGAGUGACGCCUGCAUGAAUAUUCAUGAGGGAGCAGCAGCAUGAUUGCAGCAGCCUAGAAGGAGACAGGAGACACAAGUCCACAGUCCAGUAUGCUUCCAGGCCAGACCUUCCCAAGCUGGCCUACAGAAGGGUGAAGGGCAAGAGUCCAGGUGUGAUCUUCCUGCCAGGUUAUGGGUCCAACAUGAAUGGGCAGAAGGCCGAGUCCCUGGAGGAGUUCUGUAUGUCUCUUGGACACUCGUGCCUCAGGUUCGACUACACGGGACACGGCGCCUCGGAGGGAGUCCUAAAAGAAGGAACUAUCGGUACCUGGAAAAAAGACGUCCUUUAUGUGUUGGAUGAAUUAACAGAAGGCCCGCAGAUACUUGUGGGCUCCAGCAUCGGAGGCUGGCUCAUGCUGCUGGUAGCCAUUGCAAGGCCGGAGAAGACCGCCGCCCUGGUGGGCAUUUCCACCGCCGCUGACCACAUUGUCACGUCGUUCAAAUCUCUCCCCCUCGAGACGCGGAAGGAGUUCGAGGAGACUGGCGAGUGGACGGUGCCCACCAAACACUCGGAGGACGGCAUCUACAAGUUCAGCAUGGACUUCCUUCGCGAGGCGGAGAACCACUGCGUGCUCCACAGCCCCAUCCCCAUCACAUGCCCCGUGCGCCUCAUCCACGGGCUGAAGGACGAGGACGUGCCGUGGCACAUCUCCAUGCAGGUGGCGGAGCGCAUCCUCAGUCCCGACGUGGACGUCAUCCUGCGGCGCCAAGGCCAGCACCGCAUGUCGGAGAAGGACGACAUCAAGCUGAUGGUUUACACGCUGGACGACCUCAUAGACAAGCUGACCACCAUGGUGUGACCAGGUACUGGGGGAGAGGACUGUUUAAAACUAGCGAACACCGCGCACGUUGCUUUGCCAAAAACACCUUUUAUUGGUCAUGCUUCCUUUUAUUUCCACUGUCACGAAAAGGGAGCUCCUUCGGGUUCCCAAUGUUGUGUUGUCACUCAUUGCUGCUUCCUCUCCCCUCCUUUUUAAUACCAUAGCCUUCCCGUGCCUUUUUUAAAACCUAAUUUCACCCGUGUGGGCCCAAUAAAUCCUCUGCACUCUCUAAGUGCAGCUGUGUCUUUUCUAGAUAAGCAUGCUUGUUUUCAGCCGCAGCAGGUAAGUAAAGGCGCAUGACGGAGGAUACCAGCUUGACAUUCUUUAUCGCCCGAGUUGCGGAUUGUUCACGCCGAAUUGAGCACGGCCGACUACUGCUCAAUGGGGCGAAAACAAGUGCUGAAACUGCGGCCCUGACCUUUAACUUGUGCUUGACAUAUGCAGCCUGUCGUCACUCAUUAAAAGGACAUCUAUUUCAUGCUCUCAUACGCGGGAGUCCAAACUUGGCCGCACACUGGAAAAUACACAAUACAUAUAUACAGUA